UGUUGCUUGAGCAGAACUGGGGGAGGUGGCGUCGGUGGUGAUCGCUCCGGGUCGUCUUCUCCCUCCUCCUCCUCCUCCUCCUCCUUCUCCUCCCCCCCUUUCCCCUACCCACCUGCUCACCCUCUUUCCUUCCUUCCCUUCCCCCACCUCGUCCUCCCGGGGGCUGCGGCGGAGCGGGCUGAGGGGGCAGCUGCGUGCUCCGGGAGGCGGCGCAGCAUGAGUGUCGGCGGGGGGCGGGUGUGCGACCUGUCCCGCAGGAACCCCCAGGAAGACUUCGAGCUCAUCCAGCGCAUCGGUAGCGGCACCUACGGCGAUGUCUACAAGGCUCGGAAUGUUAAUACAAGUGAACUGGCUGCAAUUAAAGUAAUAAAAUUAGAACCAGGUGAAGAUUUUGCUGUUGUGCAGCAGGAAAUCAUUAUGAUGAAAGAUUGUAAACAUCCAAACAUUGUUGCUUAUUUUGGCAGCUAUCUCAGACGUGAUAAAUUGUGGAUUUGCAUGGAGUUCUGUGGAGGUGGUUCAUUACAGGAUAUUUACCAUGUGACUGGACCACUUUCAGAACAGCAGAUUGCUUAUGUAAGCAGAGAGACACUGCAGGGAUUGUAUUACCUGCAUAGUAAAGGAAAAAUGCACAGAGAUAUAAAGGGAGCAAAUAUUCUUUUAACUGAUAAUGGCCAUGUGAAGUUGGCUGAUUUUGGAGUAGCAGCACAAAUAACAGCUACAAUUGCAAAAAGGAAAUCUUUCAUUGGAACUCCAUACUGGAUGGCUCCUGAGGUUGCUGCUGUUGAAAGGAAAGGUGGAUAUAAUCAACUUUGUGACCUUUGGGCUGUUGGGAUUACUUCUAUAGAACUAGCAGAACUUCAGCCUCCAAUGUUUGAUUUGCACCCCAUGAGAGCAUUGUUUUUAAUGUCAAAAAGCAAUUUUCAGCCUCCCAAACUAAAGGACAAAAUGAAAUGGUCAAAUAGCUUUCAUCAUUUUGUCAAAAUGGCACUUACAAAGAAUCCUAAAAAAAGGCCUACAGCUGAAAAACUAUUACAGCACCCUUUUAUUACCCAGCCUUUAAGCCGGACUCUUGCUAUCGAACUAUUGGAUAAAAUGAAUAAUCCUGAUCAUUCCACCUAUCAUGAUUUUGAUGAUGAUGAUCCUGAGCCUCUUGUACCUCAUAGAAUUCACUCAACAAGUAGAAAUGUGAGAGAAGAAAAAACGCGCUCUGAAAUAAACUUUGGUCAAGUAAAAUUUGAUCCUCCUUUAAGAAAGGAGACGGAGCCACAUCAUGAGUUCGAUUUGCAGCUAGAAUAUGGUCAUGGUCCUCAAGGCAGUUACUUCUUGGGUGCAAAUAAGAGCCUUCUAAAAUCAGUUGAAGAAGAACUACAUCAGCGGGGACAUGUAGCACAUCUAGAAGAUGAAGAUGAAGUGGACAGUGAUGAUUCCAAACAUUCAACCAUGAAAGCAAAGGUGCCACCUCCUUUGCCACCAAAGCCUAAAUCCAUCUACGUUCCACAGGAAAAUCAUACUUCUGAGGAUGAUAAUCAAGGAACUAUUAAAAGAUGUCCUAUUACAGAGAGUCCUGCAAAAUCAAACACUCAAGUCCCUCCUAGACCACCACCUCCUCGAUUACCUCCACAGAAAUCAAGCAUUUUAGGUAAUGGAUUUAAUUCUGUGCAAUUAAAUGGUGACAAGGAAAGUUCUCCUCAUCAAGAACCAAGUGAGAAUAGGCACACUAAUCCUAGGAAAGAAAAAAAGGAAAUAUUGAAGCCAAUUAGUAACGGUCUUCCUCCUACACCAAAAGUACAUAUGGGUGCUUGUUUUUCAAAGGUUUUCAAUGGAUGCCCCUUGAAAAUUCAUUGUGCAACUUCAUGGAUAAAUCCCGAUACAAGAGAUCAGUACUUAAUAUUUGGUGCUGAGGAAGGUAUUUAUACCUUAAAUCUUAAUGAGCUUCAUGAAACAUCAAUGGAACAGCUAUUUCCCCGACGAUGCACAUGGUUAUAUGUAAUGAACAAUUGCUUGCUAUCAAUAUCUGGUAAAGCUUCUCAGCUUUAUUCUCAUAAUUUGCCAGGAUUAUUUGACUAUGCACGGCAAAUGCAGAAGUUACCAGUGGCUAUACCAGCACAUAAACUACCUGACAGAAUACUUCCCAGGAAGUUUGCAGUGUCUACAAAAAUCCCAGAUACCAAAUGGUGUCAAAAAUGUUGUGUGGUGAGGAAUCCUUAUACAGGACAUAAAUACCUUUCUGGGGCACUACAGUCUAGUAUUAUUCUACUAGAAUGGGUUGAACCAAUGCAGAAAUUCAUGUUAAUCAAGCACAUAGACUUUCCUGUACCAUGUCCUCUGAGGUUGUUUGAAAUGCUUGUAGUGCCUGAACAGGAAUUCCCUUUGGUUUGUGUUGGUGUAACUAAAGGGAGAGAUUUCAACCAAGUAGUGAAAUUUGAAACUAUCAAUCCAAAUUCUACCUCUUCAUGGUUUACAGAAACAGAUACUACACAGACAAGUGUUGUACAUGUAACACAACUGGAGAGAGAUACCAUUUUAGUCUGCUUAGAUUGCUGUAUAAAAAUUGUAAAUUUGCAAGGCAGAUUAAAAUCUAGUCGAAAACUGUCCUCCGAACUCACCUUUGAUUUCCAAAUUGAAUCUAUAGUUUGCUUACAAGAUAGCGUUUUGGCUUUUUGGAAGCAUGGGAUGCAAGGCAGGAGUUUUCGUUCAAAUGAGAUCACCCAGGAAAUUUCUGACAGUACAAGAAUAUUUAGACUCCUUGGAUCUGACAGAGUUGUGGUACUGGAGAGUAGACCAACAGAUAACCCUACUGCCAAUAGCAACUUGUACAUCUUAGCAGGUCAUGAGAACAGUUACUGAAAGGCAACAAGAUAAGGAAACACUACUGCGUCAAUACAUCUUACAGCAAUUGCACAAAAGCAAAUGGAUCCCAACUACAGUUAUUUUGUAAUUUAUUGUGAUGUAUGAGUGAAAACAAGAAUGCUUGCCCGACUGAUAUGCAUAUGAUUAGCACAUUCUGCAGAACUCUUGAUUUACUAUUAUGUAAUGUUUGUACAUAUAUGCAGUAUUUUUGUUGAAGUGUAUUAUGGAGGCCUCUCUUGAUUUUUCUGUAGAUAAUGGACAAAAUAUUUUACUUGUACAGAUAUGUAAAGUUUGCUGAGGACAGAAAAUUGUGUUUGGGUACUAUUUUAAGGACUAAUGGGAUGCUAUUGAUAAACACAGUGCAUUUAAAUAACACUAUUGUAUUUUAUUAUGUAAUUUACUAAUAUAAAUAAAUCUUAUCUUUUAGACAUUGUAAUCAAGGCGGUAAUCCUAUUACAAUCUUCUUUUUAGUUCUAUGCAAGUACACUGGUGUUUUGGUUGCACAAAGUGUUAAUAUGUAAUUAUAUUCAGUCACAAAAGUACAUUUGUGGAAAUAAUUUAGGCUUUAUAAUUUUAGUUUAUUUAGGUAGUUCUCUUUGUGAAACCAGCCAAUUGAACACCUAUAUUUUUAUAUUUAAGGAAAAUCCUCUUAAUUAUUUUCUAUGGUUGGAGAAAAAAAAAUACCUAUUUUGAAUUGGAAUAAAUCCAAUAGUGGUACCUUGGUGUAAUUAUAAGUGUGUACAAUGAUAAUAUAAGCUUUAUUAUGAUGAGUCUUACUCGCUACUAUAUCAUGCAAAACUUUAAAGCACUCCACACUGUGGAAGUGUCUAAAUAUUUGGAGUUAGAUCCAGAUAACCAUGUGCAAAAGGCCUUAGUACUGUAUGCAGUACUUUGCAGAUAUUCAUUAGCACUUGCAUUAAAACAACGUAUACUUUAUUAAGAAGAAAUUGACUAUCACUAAUGAAUUACCAUUGUACCCUGUUGGAUCUGCAGAGUUCCUCUGAUUCUUAUAGGAUGAUAGGGCCAUAGGGCUCCUGCUGGAUUCAUGUGUAGAUAGAAGCUUUUCUUUUAGUGAGGAAUAUGAAUCAAUGGUUUUAAAAUUACAUUCAAGGAACUUUGCUCUUCCUCAGACAUAGCAACAAAGUUUUCAAACAGAAGAUCAGUAACAGAGGAAAGCAUUUCUUUUAAAAAAAAGGAAAUGCUUAUUGCAACUGGUUUUCCCAACCUCACAUGUAGACCAGCCUCUCAGAUUCAGGAAAGCCAGCAACCCAUAUGCACCCUAACAAAAGGAGUGAUGAAAUUAUGACCUUCCUUGUGAUGCUGAGCUAUAACUUCUAAAGGCCAGUUGUGAGAGAAACUGGAGUACAUUAAUAAUUAGUAGAAGAUAACAGCUUCUUGGCACUAAUAUAUAACAUGCAACAUGCACAUAUGUUUUUCUGAAGAGAAGGAUGCUUCCAACCCACUGCCAUCAAGGAUAUGGUGAUAGAUUGACUACCUGUUCUGGAGAAAAAGUGAUACUAGGUGGAGCAACUGUUUUAAGGAAUUUUGCUUUUGUUUAAAAGAAAUGUUUUGCCUUACUACUGUUGUCACAUUUUUUUUUCUCUUAAUAUCUUAACACCUAGCCAGAAUUUUAGUUACUACCUCACAAAAUUAAAUGGUUAUAACACAUCACAGGAAUUUUAGUUUUGAGCAAAACUAUUCUGAUUGUUUUCAGUGGGAUAUGUAGAUGCCAUGUUUUAGAGAAAAUACGUCCUUUUUGUAUAUGUUCUUUAUACUGUGAUAAAGUAAGAACAAAGUACAUUAAAACUGAUUUAUGGUCUGUAUUGUUGUUGGUAAUGAAUAUUUCCUAAUGUAUAUAAUGUAAAAUAAAGUUUUUAACAUGUU